CAGCGAUUUCCAGGUUGACUAAACGACUGUCGAUGUAUCGUUCGAAACAGCACAACAGUGGCCACCCGUUAUCUGAGAAUAUAGUCGAUAUUUUUUCUGGGGGAAAAAGUAUACUUGGAAAGUAGUAUACAUGAUUUGGGUUUAUUGGAAGAAAUGUCAUUUUGGUGUUUGAAUGGCAAUUUCACGCAGAAAAUAUUCACUUUCGCUAACGACUCCCUUUCAUCGCGAACUGUCUCCAGUAGCUAGCCUGCCAGCUAGCCGACUGCCGUGCACAGCUGUUUGCUUAUGGAGAAAAUUGGACAAAGCUUUCGGAUGCGGGACUCUGGUGAACUGAAUGUUUAAUUUGCCUGUUAGUACGAUUAAUUAAGUCAAGUAGUUAGCAAGCUAACUAGAGAAAAAAAGAUAACUAGUUAACUAGAAGAGAGUGUGUGGAUCGAAGCAAACUGGCGAAAGUGCACCAGGAUCCGAAGAAAUUCCCUAUGCCAGUGAUGGCAAACGAGCCGAUAAUUUUGAACGUCUAUGAUAUGCUCACCACACAACAUAACCACUGCUGGCUCCAGCCAGGAUGAGCGGUUUUAGGAUGGCAAACAUCAUGGCAAACCUGCGCUGUCUUCUGGUGUCCCCUGAAGCUUGGGUACUGUCUUGUGUGGGUGGGGAGCUGCCGCAGCAUCUCAGAUUGUACUGGAUCAACGAGUUCACCACCAAUCUGGGAAUUGGCGUCUUUCACUCAGGGAUCGAGAUCUACGGCAGAGAGUUUGCCUAUGGAGGACACCCAUAUCCAUUUUCAGGGAUAUUCGAGAUAACGCCAGGGGAUGCCACAGAACUCGGGGAGACAUUCAAAUUCAAAGAAGCCAUUGUUCUGGGCAGCACAGACUUCACAGAGGAGGAUGUGGAGCGCAUCAUGGAGGAGCUGGGGAAAGAGUACAAGGGAAACGCCUACCACCUCAUGCACAAGAACUGUAACCACUUCUCCUCAGCCCUGUCGGAGAUCCUGUGUGGCAGGGAGAUCCCGCGCUGGGUGAACCGGCUGGCCUACUUCAGCUCCUGUGUGCCCUUCCUGCAGAGCUGCCUUCCCAAGGAGUGGCUGACCCCGGCCGCCCUGCAGUCCAGUGUCAGCCAGGAACUCCAGGGGGAGCUGGAGGAGGCAGAGGACGCCUCCGCCUCUCUGGCCUCCAUGAGCUCCAUGCCUUCCCCCUCCCUCUCCUCUCCUUCUCCCUCCAGGCUGCCCAGAGUUCCCCGACAUCAGCCACGCCGAUAGGACUAGUCUCAGGGUUCACCAUCGCCUUCAGUGACAGGCUCCGGCAGGGCCCCCCCACAUGGACAGGCUUACUGUACUGUACACCACUCUGCCAAUAGACACUACCCCAAACCCAACCCACCCCCUACCCACCGCCCCUGCCUACUGCGCUCCUGAUGAGACUUGCCAUCCACCAGCUGCAUUGAAGUCCCGCCUACACUGACUUGACUGGCAGCCUUGAGGUAAUGGCUACAGGCUCAGAGUACUGUUGUUUUACACAUAGAAAAACAACAUUCAGAUCAUGUUUUGUGUCAUUUCUUCAUUUUCUUGGCCUUUAUUUUAUAUACUCAGGACUCUAAAAAAAAUAUUUUAUAUGUUUUGCUUCUUUUGCUUUUCUGACACUUUUCUGAUCACUCUAUAUAGCAUUUUUAAUCCUCUUUUGUUUACAACCUGUUUGUGUGUGUGUUUUACGAUUACCGAGAAGCUACCACCUGGGCCAAACUCCUCCACACUUUUCUUAAAACACACACAGCUGAUGUCUACCCCCGUGGCAGCUGUGCCUGAAGAUUUUUACUGUACCUGCUCGUUGAGCUCUGCACUGUUUCUCUAUAGUUGACCUGUUUCUCUCUUUGUGAAGCAGCGGACUCCUUCUUAACCUACAAUAACUAACUUACUUUAGAUGUUUUCCACUGUUUUUAGAGUCUUCUGUGUAACUGAAAAGAUUUGUAUCCCAUUUUAAAGUUAUUAAAGAAAAUAUAUGACGUA